AUGGCUGUAGACAAGGGACGGCAAGACCGUGAGGCGACGGAAGCGAGUCCGCUCCUGCGCCCAGAUCGUUCCAAUGAAGCUGACGGCACCGCCCAUGCCGUUGGAGGAGGUAACGGCACACUUGCUGGCCACCCGACACCGGGAUCAUCGGACACGGCCGUUGGGGCCGGUGAGGGCGGCCGUGAGCCAAAUGAUGGCGGCGAGGCCACGCGGCAAGGCAUCCCGGAGAUGGCCAAGAGGCUGCACAUCUUGUUGCCCGCUGUAGGCAUUGGAAUCUUCCUGUGUGCCCUCGACCAGCUCCUCGCCGUGGCGACAUAUGCCAAGAUCGGGAGCGACCUGAAGGCACUCAACUCGACCAGCUGGAUAGCCACGGCAUACUUCCUGACAUUAACGAGCUGCCAGCCCCUGUACGGCAAGCUCUCCGACAUCUUCGGCAGAAAGGAAUGCCUGCUCUUCUCCUACGUCGUCUUUGGCCUGGGCUGCUUGGGCUGCGGCCUGGCCCAGGACAUCACCCAACUGAUCGUCUCGCGGGCCGUGGCUGGCAUCGGUGGCGGCGGUAUGAACGCCGUUGUCUCCAUCCUGCUGACUGACAUCGUGCCCCUGCGUGAGCGCGGGGUCUGGCAGGGGUAUAUGAAUAUCAUAUUCGGGGCGGGAACGGCCACCGGUGCGCCUCUGGGCGGCCUGCUUGCGGACUCGUUGGGGUGGCGGUGGUCUUUUGUUGGGCAGGUGCCCGUGGUCAUGAUAGCAUUCAUCACAGUCUACCUCGUGCUCCACCUUCCCAAGAGGGACGACUCCCACUGGAGGGAGAAGCUCGCCCGGGUCGACUUCCUCGGCGCCUUCUUCCUCGUCUCGGCCGUGCUGUGCCUCCUCCUGGGCCUCGACAACGGCAGCAACGAGGGCUGGUCCAAGACGCAGACCAUCGUGCCGCUCGCCGUCUCCCCGGCCCUCUUCGCCGCCUUUCUAUCCGUCGAGGUCCGCGUGGCCUCGCACCCCUUCGCCCCGGGCCACAUCAUCUUCGAGCGCUCCCUCUUCGCCGCCUACCUGUGCAACUUCUUCGGUGUGCUCGGCCAGAUGCCCGUCCUGUUCUUCCUGCCCCUGCUGUACCAGGCCGUCGACGGGGUCUCGGCCGUCCAGGCGGGCCUGCUGCUGAUGCCGGGCUCCAUAUUCGGCGUCGGCGCGUCGCUGGGCUCCGGGUUUGUGAUGCGGCGCACCGGCCGCUUCUUCUGGAUGAACGUCGCGGGCUGGGGCGUUCUCCUGCUCAGCAUCGUGCCCAUGGUGUUCUUCUCCGGGCCCUGGGUGAAGUCGGAGGCUGGGACUUCGAUCGCGCUGGCGAUGCUGGCCCUGGGUGCUGGGACAGGAAUCACCACAAGCCUGGUGGCACUCAUCUCCAACGCCGCCAAGGAGGACGCAGCAGUCGUCAUCGCGUGCAGCUACCUGUUCCGGUCCCUCGGGUCCGCCAUCGGCGUCAGCGUCGCCUCGGCCAUCCUGCAGCAGGUCCUGAGGUCCCAGCUCGCGGCGCAGCUCGGCAGCGGCCAGGAAGCGCGCGAGAUCGAGGGCCGCGUCCGCGAGAGCCUGGACUACAUCUCCCAGCUGCCGCCCGGCACGGCUGAGGUUGUGCGCCGCUGCUACCAGACGGCCACCAUGACCGUGUUUGGGUUCCAGGCUCUGCCGAUGGCCCUUGCGUUUGUUUCUUCCUUCUUCAUCAAGGAGAAGAAAUUGGGUUAG